CACUGAUGAGGAGGCACUGGUAGGUGGCACUGAUGGGCAUUGGCAGGCAUCACUGAUGGGCACUGAAAGGCAGCACUCAUAUAUGGCACUGUUAGGUGGCACUGACUGGCAGCACUGAAAGGCAGCUCAGAUGGGCACUGAUAUGUGGCACUGAUGGGCACAGAGCUGGCACUGAUGGACACUGACAGGUGGUGCUACCGGGGCUACACAGAUCAUCAGGGCACACUGAUCAUCACUGUCAGCGUGACAGCUCGUGGGGAGAGAAAUGCCGAUAACCGGCAUUUCCCUGUUUACAUGUGAUCAGCUGUGAUUGGACAUGACCGAGCCGACAUCUUCGGCU